AGGCCAUGCGUGGUUUCAUCGAUUUUCGCGGCUGGUCCAGCCAGCAUCACAAAGCAAUGUUAGCGCGAGAAUUUUUGCAAAUUUAUUAAUAUUAUGUACUUGUUAAAGUUUACAUGUUGUUUAAGUUUGUUGUUGGUUGUUUUUAUGCGAAAUAUCGAUGGCCUCAAACAUAUUGAAGCAAAUCCAGAUGCAAAACGUUUGUAUGACGACCUUCUCAGCAAUUACAAUCGACUGAUCAGACCUGUGGAGAACCACACACAAACUCUGACCGUUUGGUUGGGCUUGAAGAUCUCCCAGUUGAUUGAAAUGAAUUUGAAAAAUCAGAUCAUGACAACGAAUUUGUGGGUUGUGCAGAGAUGGUUUGACUAUAAGUUGAAAUGGGAUCCUGAGGAGUACGGAGGGGUGGAGAUGUUGUACGUGCCGUCGGAACACAUUUGGUUGCCAGAUAUUGUACUUUUCAACAAUGCCGAUGGCAACUACGAAGUGACUCUGAUGACCAAAGCCACGCUUUCUUACACCGGGGAAGUCAUCUGGAAGCCUCCUUCAAUAUACAAGUCUUCCUGUGAAAUAAACGUCCAGUAUUUUCCCUUUGACGAACAAAGUUGUCUCAUGAAGUUCGGUUCAUGGACGUAUAAUGGCUUCCAAGUCGAUUUGAAACACAUGGAUCAAGUCCCUGGUUCCAAUAUUGUGAACGUUGGGAUUGACUUAUCCGAGUUUUAUCUUUCCGUCGAGUGGGACAUUCUUGCAGUACCAGCGACACGUAACGAAGAGUACUACCCCUGUUGCAGCGAACCCUACUCAGACAUCACCUUCAAGAUUACAAUGAGACGCAAAACCCUCUUCUACACCGUCAAUUUAAUCAUCCCUUGUGUGGGAAUUACGUUUCUUACGGUACUAGUUUUUUACCUCCCGUCGGAUUCGGGCGAAAAAGUCUCACUUUGCGUCUCGAUUCUUCUAUCUCUGACUGUGUUUUUCCUCUUGUUGGCUGAAAUUAUCCCACCAACGUCCCUCGCAGUCCCACUUUUAGGAAAGUACCUCCUUUUUACCAUGAUUCUAGUCACGUCUUCCAUUUGGGUCACCGUGUGCGUUCUUAAUGUCCAUUUCCGCUCACCUUCGACCCAUAAAAUGUCACCCAUGGUGCGCAAGAUCUUCCUCCAGUUUAUGCCCAAGUUGUUGAUCAUGCGACGAACCACUUACACUCUUCCAGAAUACGACGAUAAUCAACCACCACGAGGGUACACCAACGAAAUGGAGCUACAACUGAACAUGAGAGACCCGUUUAACACCGAUUUUAAAAUCACAACACGUGAACCAAGCUUCGUUUUGCAAAACCCAGACGACGACAGUAAAAUGAAAGCGCACUCAUCAAGUACUGUUCAAAAAUUGUUGAUGUUAAGACUGAUUAGUUUUUUUUCAGUGACUGGCUCCUCGAAUAUGACCCCACGUACGCUCUCUGCUAACGUACUUUCGGCACUACAGGGUGUUAGAUUUAUCGCACAACACAUAAGUGACGCUGAUAAAGACAACGAGAUUGUUGAGGAUUGGAAAUUCGUCUCAAUGGUUCUUGACCGGUUCUUUUUGUGGGUUUUCACGCUAGCGUGUAUUGGAGGCACGUGUGGUAUCAUUUUCCAAGCACCGUCUUUGUACGACACGAGGAUUCCAGUAGAUAGGGGCGCUUUGAGGUUGUAAUUGCAAAAUCAAAAUCAAAUAACACCAAAAUCUUGCACUCUUUCACUCGCGCAAAAAAUCAAAUAAUAACUAAUGUGAAAUUAGCUAACGAGCAACUAAACUAUUUUUUCCUUUUUUUUUGAAUUACUAAACUAAGUCUAUUAUUUAUUAGCAAACGAACAAAAAGACCUCUCUAUACUACAGAACGGUAAAAUAGUUUAGCAAAAAAAAUUAGGUAGUGGCAGCUCGUGGGUUUAAACCUAGGUGAAGCUUAUAAAAUUAUUACUUCAUCUACUUCAACUAGCGAGUUGCUACUAAAAGUAGGACCAUUUAUUGUUGAAAUCUGUUAGGUAUAUUUUGUUGGUGUGUCAAAAAGCUGGACUUGAAUGUAUGUAUUUAGAGAAAACUAUUAAGGAGAUGAAAUUAUUUAAAGAUUUUUUGACUGGUUUCACAAAAAUCUUUAUAUCGUUUUUCGUGUAAAAUGGUCUAAUAUUGAAAAAAUAUUUGGUGUAGUUGAAAAACAACGAGGUUGAAAUAUGUUUAUAGUUUGUUGAUCUGUUCGUUACAUGUUUAGGGGAAAUUGUUGAGGAGUUGGAAGUUUUUAAAUUUUUUCCUGGUUCCAUUGCUUUUCUCGAUGCUGUUUUAUUAUUUCUCGAAUAAAAAGGUCUAAUAUGAUUAAAGGAAA